GUUUUGCUACUUUUAACUGAAAGGAAGUCACUAUGAUACCUUUGUAACGCUUGUUGUUUACAUGUUGGCCGAGCGAGCGAAUCGACGGAUCCAAAUCUUCCUUUUCGCCGUGGAAUUGGUAUCGAACUAGAUGUGACCAGAUUUUCAUAUCAAACUGACUUCAACUCCUGAAGGAUUUACAACAUGCCACAGAGGUCUCGACAUCAAGAUAGUAAUGAACCUGAUGAAUCAAAUGAUGACAUUUCUUCAUUCUUCAUCACAAUUAAGGAUGAGCCUUUCGAUGACUGGAGAGAUAUUAAUGAUUAUAAUGGGGAUAUCAGCCCAAUGCAAGUCAAGAAAGAAUCAAGUGAUCUGCAAGGCGAUGGAUUUUAUAACCUAGCUGUACAGCAACACCUGGAUGCACCAGCCACACUCCUGUCCACUGCAAAUGAGCAACAUAUCAUGGAUCCCAGUCAUCGCAAUGCUGUAAAUAUGGAUACUCCACAACCUCUAGACUCUUGCAUCGGCUCUGCUCCAUCACCCAUUGUUGCUAGCAGUUCUCCUGGCCAUGCCAAGCGUCCCAGUUUACCCAUAGACUCCUGUCUUUUGAAAGAAAAACAAAGGAGAUUGGAUACAUCUACUGAUAUAACUCAUCAGUUAGAAGAUUUGACUAAUGAUGACUUUGAAUUUUUAGAAGAUGAACAUAACACUAGUGAUUAUAUGCCAAGUGAUACAGAUGAUGCUGUUGAGGGGGAGGAUAUGCAGAGUGAUGAGGAAGUUGAUCCUGCCUCACUCCCAUGGGAAGGAGUAAUGGAAACAUUUUCGUGGACAGCUGGGGAUAAUUUUCAGCCUGAUUUUCCAGAGUGUGGUGGAGAAGAAGUUGGGAUUACAUCUGCUUUUCCAGUUGUUAAUGAUAAUGCCAGGGAAAUUGACUAUUUCCAGGCGUAUUUUGAUGGUGCCUUUAUGGAUUUUCUGUGUGAACAAACAAACAUGUCCCAGAAAUACAAGCAUGACCAUAACCCUACACCUAGCUCAGGGAAAAUGAGACGUUGGCAUGAUACAAGUGUAGGAGAAUUAUAUGUGUUUUUUGCACUGUUGAUGCUGAUGGGUCAUAUACGUAAGCAUGUGUUGAAAGAAUAUUGGAUACUAAAUGACAUUACAGCUACUCCAGUAUUUGCAAAAUAUAUGCCUAGAGACAGGUUUUUGUCAUUACUAAGAUUCCUCCACUUUGCUGACAACAGUCAUCCUAAUGCUGAGGAUAAAUUUUGGGAAAUACGUGAAUGCUUCACAAUGCUGAAAGAAAGAUUUGCAAAAUUUUUCCAUCCCUUUCAACGUCUUGUAUUGAAUGGUUCAUUUACACUUUUUCAUGGUCGUUUAGCCUUCAGACAGUAUGUUCCUAGUAGGAGGCACAGAUCUGACACUAAAAUUUUUGUUCUUUAUGAUUGUGAAACUGGAUAUGUGCUUGACAUGAUAUUAUGCACUACAGGUGAUUCUGACCUCAAGAAUGACUCGCAUGGAUUCUCUGCUGAGAUAGUGAAGAAAAUGAUGGAUCGUUACCUAGGUGGGAAGCAUAUCCUUUACACUGAUGAUUAUAAGACCUCCCCAAGCCUUACAGAAUUCCUUGAAAAAAACAGGCCAUGUGGCACAGUACCUGUAGAUAAGGAACAGCAGCAAGAGCUUGUGAAAGUUAUUCAUGGUGAAGGUCAACUGCAGAAGGCUGACAAGUUGCUUGCUAUAUGCAGGCAGGACAAACAGGGAGUAAAUGUACAAACUAUUAAUCAAAAGGGAGACAUGGUAGAUAGUUGUAAGAAGGACAAAACAACAGGGAAGCCUAUCAUGAAACCUGAAACUGCAUUGGAUUAUGGUAUACGGAUUUGCCAGGUUGACAAAAGCGAUUUGAUGGUUGGCAGCAUUGAAUGUGUUCGUCGUACUGUGAAAUGGUACAAAAGAAUGUUUUUACAUCUAAUGGAUAUCACAGUCCUCAAUUCAUAUAACUUGUAUGUAGUAAAAACUAACAAGAAGGUAUCACUUAGGAUCUUCAGCAAAAGACUCAUUGAACAGAUUUUGGAGACAUAUGGCGUGGUGCAGAGAAGGGCAAGAGGAUGCUCACAAGCUGGCCUCCCAGACAGACUCCUUGGUCGAGAUUAUGUAUCCCGUCACUUCCUUGAAGCUCUGCCACCCACUGCUGGGAAACCCAAGGCACAAAGACAAUGCCAUGUUUGCAGAAACACAACAAAGCGAGCUGGCCGGCGCAAAGAUGUCACAACAUGGUGUAAAGAAUGUGGUGUAGCCUUGUGCAUAAGUUGUUUCAAGGAAUACCAUACACUAAAAAUAUACUAAAGUGUAAGGUAACACUCUAUGCUAAAUAAGUUGUGUAAUACAAGAUACCAACACAAUAACAAGCUCAAAAGCUCAUUCCAAGUGUCCCUAACCACCAUCACCACCUACACACUGAGCUGAGUCGCCACCAACCACCUUAGCCACUGAUGAUGCACUGAGUACCAGCUGAGCCAGUCACUCACUCAUAUUGUCCCAUGUGCUGCAGGAUGAGAGUAAGUAUAUGCAUCUUUUUAAAAAAUAUUCUAAUAUAGUUUUAAGAUGUAAAUGAUUUCUGUGAUACUUUAUUUUCAUUUAAUUGUAUGUGCCUGUAAGGUGUGCUGUGUAUGAUAAUAAUAGUAUUAUUCUUUUUAUUUAUUUAUUUUUUUUUUCUGAUAGAAGAGGACACCCAAUAACUACACAAUUUGGUUUACUUUUUCUGUUUAAUUAGACCGUGACAAAAAUAUCCAGAGCUAUAUAUAAUCAAAUGCUUGCAGCAAACAUACUCCUUGUCAUAGAAACUUGAUUUUUUUUUUAUGUGAAUAAAUAAACAUCAAACAAUCAAACAAACAAAAAAUCAUUCAUGGCAGGAGGUUAAGGAGAUGAAGCCAGAAGAAAAAUUGAUGAAUGUUAAGACCAGUGCAGGGAUGAUGAUUACCCAGAAGAAAAAUUGAUGAAUGUUAAGACCAGUGAAGGGAUGAUGAUUACCCAGAAGAAAAAUUGAUGAAUGUUAAGACCAGUGAAGGGAUGAUGAUUACCUAAUAAGUUUUGCUUUUCAGUAAAGUUCAACUGCAUUCCAAAUUUAUUUAUAGAAAAAAAUGAGCCCUAAUUCAGCUUUAUAUGAAAUAUAGUAAAUUUGUUGU